AUGGCAUCAGCGGGUGGGCGAGGGGCCAGCGCGGCAGCACUGGGCGAUGUUGGGUAUAAGACGGACGACGAUGUGAGGGCGUAUGUGCGCAAGAGGAAGAGGGCCAACAAGAACUGUUCGGUUUCUCACCUGCGCCGCGCCCUCAACAUCGGCUACAAAAAGGCCAAGCGCAUACACGACGAGGUUGAUGAUGAACUGCGCCGCGAACGACACGAUCGUCGAGGAGAGGACGGAGGCUCGCGCACUCAAUCGCGCUCGCAUCGCGGUGGGGCGGACGACGAGGACGACGACGAGGAUGCCAGCGAUGACGGUCUUGACUACGAUGACCCUCACGAUCGGCGAGAGGGCUCGCCCCACGACGAUGACGAACAAGACGAGGGCGACAUACCGGAUGAGGCUCUGCGCGAGCACAUUCGCAAGAAGCUGAGGCGCGGGGAGGUGAUUUACGUGCACCACAUGCGCGACCUGGGCCUCAGCUACCGCCGCACGAGACGCAUCCUCCAGGAGUUCAUCGACCAGGGCAAGAUCCAAAAGCUGCCCCGCUCGUCGCUGGGCGGCGGGCGAGGCGGCGCGGACGGCAGUCGUGGGGCGAGCGAUGAGGCGCUGCCGAGCGCCGAAGACGCGGUCAAGAUGAAGCCCCUCAAGCAAAAGGUCAAGGAGGAGAACAAGAAGGCCGCCGAGAGCCAGCUCAAGACCGAACCGGGUGACGACAGGAAGGACGACCAGCCGCUCCAGCAGCAGCAGCAGCAGGAAGAGGAGGGGCACGCGCCGCCGACCGAGGACGGGGCCACGCCCAUGGACACUGACGCCGCGACGCCUGCGACGGCGACCACCUCAGGCGGCAGCAGCGGCGGUAGCGGUGCUUCUGUGGUCGAGGGCUCCUCGCACGGCGGUCCCACCACGCCGACGGGGGCGCCCGCCAUCCUCUUCAUGGAGGAGGGAGGCGCGCCGUCGGCCGCCACCCCAUCAUCGCCACCACUAUUGCCCGCUGCUGCGGCUGCGAGCAACCAGCACGCGGUCGAUGGCCACCAGGCCGAACCCAUGGACAUCGCGGCAGCGGCUGCCCCCGCCCCCGCCGACACCUCCACCACGACGGGCGCUGCCGAUGCGCAGGCAGCUGCUGCUGCCACUGCCCACUCCACGUAA